AUGCUUGUUUUUCAGACAAAGGACCUUGAGGAGUUACAUGCCGAUGUUGAGUCUGUACGUCACAGGCGUGGGUCAUCAUUUGCUUGGAUUGUAUUCAGGAAUGAAGCUGCCUGCUCAAAGGCUUAUGAAACAUUGUCUAAGUCAAAAAUAGGUGGUAGAAAUCUAACAGUCGAUUUUUGCGGAUCAAAGUCUUCGAAAGCAACAACAAAAUUGAAAGAAUCUUUGCCGGUGAAUCCCCUCGAGCUGUAUAUUAAUGGUUUACCAGCAAAUGUUACCAAGAGCGACAUAAGGAAUGUCUUCCGAGCUGCAGUCUCCAUAAAUAUACCUAACGCUCGACCCCAUGAUUUGAGGCGUGCAUUUGUGUUGUUCUCCAAUGAAGAGGAUGCUAAGCAAGCUUUCGAUAAGGGUAAAGGCCUUAAACUUGCCGGACACUCUGUUGAAGUUUUUUACGCACGCCUACGCAAGAAUCUCGUAACAGACGCAACGGUUAAAUCCUCGAAGGGUGCGACUGCUGUACAAGAUGCUAGUGCGGCACCGAUGAAGAAGGUGGCUUUAGCGAAGAAAGCUGACAGUAGUGAUGGCAGUGACGAAGAGGAAGUCGAGUCCAGUGACGAAGGGAUAGAAGAAGUCGCUAAAGCGCCAUCGAAGAAAGCAACACCCGGCAAGGGCCAAUUGAAGCCAGAGUCUGACGACGAUGAUGAUGAUGAGGAUGAUGAGGAUGAGGAGGAGGAUGAGGAGGAUGAAGAUGAGGAAGAGGAAGAAAGUGAUGAAGAUGAGGAAGAGUAG